CCACACCCACAGAGGGCGGCGUCUACGAGAGCAGGCACCACGAAAUGUCCGAGUGUCCGACCGAUGGCCCCACGGCGUGUCACCAGCUGUGCACGGCGGCCUUCAACUCCUUCACCUGCUCAUGCAUGGCGGGAUUCAAACUACAGAGCGACGGGCGGAGCUGUCUGCCCGAAGUGGAAUUUCCAUGUGGGAGGUUACCUGAUGCUUCAGUCUGUCGCCAUGGCAACUGCCCCUGGCAG